AUGGCUCCUUCCACCUUCGAGUGGCUUUCCGGGUUGCUCGAGCCACUCCUCGAAUGCCGGGAUCCAGUUGGAUUGACUUUAAACCUCUCAGCCGAGCUACGGCUCGGUAUCGGGUUAUACCGAUUGUCAACCGGGUCGGACUAUUCGGAGAUUGCGACCCGGUUUCGGGUCACUGACCAAGUUGCCAAAUUUUGCUCUAAACAACUUUGCAGGGUAUUAUGUACAAACUUCAGAUUUUGGGUUGGGUUCCCUAACUCGGCCGAGUUGAACUCAGUGUCCCAAAAAUUUGAGGACAUUACAGGGUUACCCAAUUGUUGUGGGGUGAUCAGUUGUUCAAGGUUUAAUCUCAGUACAGAAGAGAGUAUUGCUGCUCAAAUCGUUGUCGAUUCGUCGAGUCGAAUUCUGAGCAUUGUAGCCGGAUUUCAUGGUCAUAAGAGCAACACAAAGGUGCUAAAAUCAACAACAUUAUACAAAGAUAUACAAGAAGGGAAAAUAUUGAACUCAAAACCUGUUUAUUUAGGUGGGGUUGGAAUACCUCAAUAUUUGGUUGGAACAAAUAAUGAGUACCCUUUACUACCUUGGCUUAUAAUCCCAUAUGAUGACCCUGUACCUGGAUCAAAUGAGGAGAGGUUCAAUGCUGCUCUUCGAGUACCGCGAAUUUCGAUGCUUAAAACGGUUGCUAGUUUGAGGAAUUGGGGUAUAUUGAGCAAGCCUAUUGAGGAGGAUUUUAGGAGUGCUGUUGCAUAUAUUGGUGCUUGUGCUAUUCUUCAUAAUGCUUUGUUAUUAAGGGAGGAUUAUUCAGGAUUAUGUGAUGAUUUAGAGGAUUAUACUGUUAAUGAUCAUGGGUUAGUACAAUUCGGCUCUAAAAUGGAGGAAAUUUCUGCUGAUGGAUGUCUAAUCAGAGGUGCAUUGGCAACAAAACAGUGA